GAGGAUGAGGAGGGUCAGGUUGUGCCUGCUCCUGACCGGCUUCAGCUAUCAGCUGAGCAUAUAUCACUAUCUGGAGUCUAUCUGCUGGAUCGGGGGGAUUUAAUCUAUCUUUAUCUUGGCAAAAUUACUCAAACUUUCUUCUUGGAAAAGAUAUUCGGUGUGGCCCGUCUGACGGAUGUGGACCCGAACCUGACAGAUUUACCUGAACUUGAGAACGAGGAUUCAGAUCGUCUUCGUUCCUUCAUUCAAUUCAUUAAUAACAAGAAGUCACACUCAGUACCGAUCAAGGUGGUGCGAGAUGACCUACCUGCGAGGAUGGAGUUUAUAAACCUUCUGGUGGAUGACAGGAGUGAAUCGUCCUUCUCAUACUACGAGUUUAUGCAACACAUCAAGACACAGAUCAAGUAAACAAACCGGUUUUAAGCAAUAAAACCGGUUUAGGGAAACAAGAAAACCGGUUGACAUCUGCUGGAGUGGAGCCAAAUCUAAAUGGAAUUAUAAAAGAUCAGUGUAAUAAGACACUGAAGUGAAUAAUUGGGAAAAAGUCAUUAUAAUUUGUUAAGAUCCUUAGCCAACUGCGGUUAACGAAAAUCCGCCAGAAAAAUUCGUAAAAACCUGCGAGAAUUUCCAAAAUAUUGACGAGAUUUUUCCCUAUUUUCUGCAAUAACAUUUUCUACGCGCUGAAGUUUGAUAUUAGAUUAAUAGUUUUUCAUUUCCUAAUAAAUUGUACAAUAUGAA